AUGUCCACCCCGCCUCCGACAUCCACAGCCGCCCCGCUCUCUCCCGCCCGAACCAUCUCCCCCGCUCAGACCACCACACCCUCCUACGCGCCCCCUACCACCCGCCCGCCCCCGCCCGCCCCGGCUCCAGCGCUCAACAUGCACUCUGAUCCCAAAGUGGCGGAGCUGCAGACGAUGUUCCCCUCGGUCGAUCCGGGGGUGAUUGAGAUUGUCCUGGAGAGUGUGAGCGGGAGUCAGGAUCGGGCGAUUGAGCAGUUGUUGAGCAUUACGGAUGAGAACUUUAAGGCCGAGGAGGACCAACAAGUUGACCUGGACGCCGAAUUUGCCCGGUCCCUCCAGCUCGAAGACGAGCAGUCCGCGCGUCAAUACGCAGACCAGAACCAAGGGUACACUGGCGGUCAAGCGGGUCAUACCAACCCCGGAGCCGGGGGGCUGCCGUAUCAAGCCCGAGUCAGGCGGAACCAGCCGUCCCAGCAGGGUCAAGCCCAGACACAGGCGGGAGGCUAUGGCGGGUAUGAGAAUGAGCGGUAUAGUGCGGAUAAUGGAGGUCCGCCUCCUGGAGUCGGGGUGGGGAUGUUGCAAGUUGAAGAGAAGCUGCAGAAGGCCGCCGAAGUCGGUAAACAGACAUUCAACAACCUCUUCUCGCUCGCCAAGACCAAAUACGCCGAGUUUCAGCAGACCCAGGCUCAAAACCAAUCUCAGCAGACUCAGGGACAGCACGGUAGCUCAAGCGGAGGAGGGCUUUGGGGUGGGGAGCAGGCGCAGCAGUCACCGUCGGCGGCUGGGUGGGGGAGAGGCGGCGCGGGUGGAGCGGGAUCGAGAGGUGGAGUGCAGAAUUAUGGGUAUGGGCAGCAGGGGCAGCAAGGUCUGGGGAUGGGUACCCGCUCUGAAUCAUUCUCGAGCGAGAGUACGAACGAGCGCGAGAUGGCCUCGGACCCGAGACCCGUCAUCAGGCCGAGCAGUAACAGGUGGACCCCUUCGGACACAUACGAAGACCCACUCCCCCCAGGUCGCUCAACCCCGACUGGGAACCGCGGAAUCAGCAUGAACCCCACGGGCCGCGCGGUCGGUAGUCCAGAAGGACGCGGGACGGCCAAAAUUGACGCAUCCAAACUCGGUAUCCUCCCGAAAAAGAAGGUCGACCUCCUCUCCUCCUCGCCCAAUUCCUCCACUACCAUCCCCUCCCAGACUCAGCCGAAACAAGAGGUCAAUCUUCUGGACGAUCACGGCUCCUCGGACCCCAAUCCGGGGAUUCCGGGGGCGAGCCAUUCGGUGAUCUCAAAGAUACCGCCUACGCCGCCGGGGAGGGCGAGAGGCCAGUUUGAGCUGGAGGAUAGCGAUGAUGAGUUGGAGUACACAAAGAACCCGUUUGACGAGAAGUAA